AUGAUUACAUGGGGCAAUAUCAUUGGAAAAUAAAUAGAAUAAACAGAAGAGUAUUUAAAUAGCUUCUUUAAAUAUUAACAACAUUAUAAUUCAUCCAUUAAAUAAAUAUAUGAAACCAGAGCUGUCAUCUAGUAAGAUUUAGAAAAAUUCAAGUCUAAAUUACAUUAUAAGAAGGAAAGACUGUUUUAAUUAGGAGAUGUAUCAAAAUGGGAUCUAAGCAAAGAUAUUAAAUUGAAUCCCUAAGAAUUGUUAUAAAAUAAAAAGGUUGCAUUCCAACAUAUGUGUGAUUAAGAAACCAAAUAGGAGAUGGGAAUGGAAAUGCUAGUGGGAUAUUAUACAAACUAAAUAUUUUCACAAACUCAAUAAUUCUUUAAAUAGCAAUAACAAGAAUUAGUAGGGCAUUUUAUUAAAUUUUGCUAAGUAUAAGCUUUCAACAUCACGGAUCAUCAUUAAUUAUGGGCUGAUGCCAUUACGAAUCUACAAAAUAAUUUAUUAAUUCAAUAGCGGUAGACGCAGAGAGUAGUUGUAGAAAGUAUUGGUUGAUAAAUUGAGAGAAUUUAUUAAUAUUAUUACA